UUUGGCACACGUGCAUUCGUCUUCUGAGUUCUGAUCUUGUAAUGCGUGUGUUCUUUGGGUUUUAGAAUAUGUUUUCUUGUACGUCUGUUUUGGCAGGCUUCGGAAGUUAUGGGUGUUUCAUAGACUUGUAAAUUACUCCGUAGUUAGUAUACACACACAUAUACGUGUCUAUAUAUAUAUAUAUAUAUAUAUAUAUAUAUAUAUAUAUAUUGUGGUCGUAUAUUAGUCAAAUCGGAAUCGGAACCUCUCUUUCUCUCUCUUCAAACAGUUUGGUUGUAGGUUUCUCUCUGUAUCUAAUCUAAUGGAUAGUAGUGAGGCGUUAAUGGGUGUUUGGAAAACGAAAGUGAUUCAGGCAACGGUCCUCUGGUUGGAGGGUUUCAGGGAGGCUUGCUGUCUCCACAGAGUCGUCAUUUACUGUUUAAGGUCGAGACAGCUUAUGAUCCGAACAGGACAGUGCUUUCUAUUAAAUGGCCUGAUUUUCUUAGGAAGUAUCUUCAUUCUUAAAUCAGUUGUCAUUCCAACGCUACAAUGGAUAUUACCUGAUCAGUGCCCACAUAUCAGAUCUCAAGAACCAUGCUCAUUUGGCAGUAUUGUAAAAAUUUAUUCCUUCUUGCGUUUUGGACUCGUACAACUUUUUUAUGUAUUAUGGUUCUACCCAUUGUACAUAUUCAGCAUUAUUCUAAGCAAUAUCUGUUUUAAAAUUAUGUGUCAAUCCAGGUACACUGACAUUGCUAAGUAUGGUUUUGCUGCUGUUGGGAAAAAUGGGUCUAAUGUUACAGAACCUUCAAGCCAAAAGGUCUCAACUUCACGAAGUACAACUCUUUUGGAUAAACCAACUGACAUUGAGGGGGUCAUGAUUGGAGUAGCAGAGCAGGUUUAUUCAGUCCUCCUCUUGAGCUUCUUCUUUCUAGAGGUCUAUGUUACAGGAUUCAUACCCUAUGUUGGGAAGGCACUCAAUUUCCUACUUCUAUGCUGGAUGUAUGCAUACUACUGCUUCGAGUACAAAUGGAAUCUUUCUGGACUGAGUUUGGAAAGAAGGCUGGACUUCUUUGAAUCCAACUGUGCAUUUUUUGCUGGUUUUGGAAGCCCUUGCGUUCUGGCUAUAUUUUUUUUCUCUCCUCUUGUGAGCUACGGGGUUAUGGCUAUACUCUUUCCUCUGUUUGUUCUGACAGCAACUAGUACUGAUGCUGACAAAGUCAUUGCUUGUCAAAGGAGAAAGUGGAGUGGUGCAGAAUUGGGAAGGGUUCGAAUAUUUUAUGCUUCAGAUUAUUUAUCGAUGCGGAUUUUGUCUCUCAUCCCCUUGAGUUCUCGGGAAUCAAUGCAAGACAACAAGACACUCUAAGAAGUUAUCGCCCAUUGUGCUACUCAUUCCAUGGAAUAAUCAUUGACAUACAAAUUGAAUGUGGGUUUGUUCUGAUGAGCUCUGGAAAAUGUACAUAUGCAGAUGCGGUUUUUAUUUCAAAAUGGUGCCUGCUUAAUAUGUACUACGUAAAUUGAAGCCCAGCAGCUCAAGGUGUAAAAAGAACAACUUCCGGGAAGAAUCAAUCUGUAAAGUCCCGGCAGCUCAAUGUGUAAGAAAAACAAUUGCGUGAAGGAAUAAUUCUGUCUAGUGUAUUACGGAAUACAGGUUUGAUCGUGUAUUUAAGUUCAUAUAUAUAGAAAUUGGAUUCAAAAUCAGUUGAAUAUUAAUUUCCAUGUUCGGCUAAGGGAAAUCUUAUAGAGGAAAUAGUGUCUAACCCCUUUUAUAAUUAUGCAGUGGACACAAUGUCUGGUGUAUUGCUUCUUA